UUAUAAGCGUCCCUCCCUCCCUCCGUCCCUCACACUGCAGUACAUUUGCUGUACACUGGGACAACAUGCUGUGGAGUCUGUACACUCUGGCCUGUGCUCUCACAUGUGUGAGUGCUGUGACGCAGGUGACCCAGAACCCUCCUGAUGUGAGUGUGGAGAGAGGACAGAGCGUCUCCAUGGACUGUAACCUGGGAUAUGUGGAGGAUAGUGCAGCCCGUUGGUACAAACAGUCUCCAGGACAAGUUCCACAGUUUCUCUUGUAUCAUCACCAUUCAUAUAGCGCUCCAACCUACGGCUCUGGUGUGUCCUCCUCUAAAUUCAAAUGUACUCAUCAGUCUAAAAGAGAUUAUCGUUUGACCAUCAACAGUUUGGAACAAUCAGAUUCUGCAGUUUAUUACUGUAGCACAUGGGACAGCACUGUUAACGAGUGGGUAUUCGGAGCAGGCACCAGGCUCUCUGUCACAGAUGCCUCUCGUCCUCCUCCAGUGGUGACAGUGUUCCCUCCGUCCCCCGCACAGCUCCAGUCCCACACAGUCACUCUGCUCUGUGUCUCUGCUCAGUCGGGGCCCUGGGCUCAGGUGAGCUGGUUGGCUGAUGGGAGUCCAGUGAGCAGUGGGGUGUGGAGCAGCGGGGCCGUCCUGGGAGCAGAGCAGACUUUUCACGUGAGCAGCUCUCUGUCCAUCCCCACGUCCCACUGGACCUGCAGCCAGAAGCUGUACACAUGCAGAGUGUCCCUGGGCCCUCAGACACAGCCUGCCCAGGACACCAUCAGGAGUGGUGUGUGUGACUCACACUAGUACAGCACCACUGACACCUGCACUGUGCUCCUGUGUGCUCCUCCAAAGUCUCCACUGUCAAAGCCUCUGAACACAGCAUCACAUCUGGGAAGGAUACAUCACAUUUCUGCUUUGUUGUCAACAAUGUAGAUGUGAAUUUCAAAAAUAAAUCUUGCAUGAAAAA